CUAAAAGAAUGCGAGAGGAACUUCCUUGGAACUCAGCCACGGUAGUGUCAACGAAACGGCACAUGGUCAGUACUAUCCCUGGCAGGGAUUGAAGAGCACGUUCCUAGUUCACUUUACAUACGUUUGUUUUAAGUGGUAAGAAAACAUAUUCUGUGUCAACAGCUUGGCAUGGCAUCCGGUUAUAUUCGCUAUGAAAACUUAGGGAACGCCUACUAGCGAGCCUGUAAACAUAGGUGGCAUGCAGCCAGAGAGUUUGUUUUAGAUGACAAAUAGCCAUCAGUGAAUAUGGUUAACGCGGUUAUUUUGUUAUGUCUGUGCUUGUGGCGUCUUUUUGAUGUGACAGAUGAAGUGAAGACAAUAUCAGUGAUGGAGGGAGAUCCUGUCACUCUACACGCUGAUGCUAAUAAAAUACAGAAAUAUCUGUUAAUACAGUGGAUGUUCGGACACACUCGAAUAGCUGAAGUCAACAGACUCGCUCAGAUAAACUCAACAUAUGAUGGUCCUGAUGAGAGAUUCAGAGGAAGACUGCAACUGGAUCAGACCGGAUCUCUGACCAUCACAAACACCAGCACCACUGACUCUGGACUUUAUAAAGUUACAGUUUUCAGCAGUGAGACCAGCUACAAGAGUUUCAAUGUUAUGGUCAGUGAGACUCCACAAUGUUCUGCUACACCUGAAAGUUCAAGUUUUGUGUCGUCCAAUCAGACUGAAAAUGUCAACAUUUCUGAACUCCAUCAGUCAAGUUCAGACCACUUCCACUGUUGUGGUUGUACUGAGACUGUGAUACGGUUGGUUGUUUCUGCUCUGGUAAGCAUGGCUGCUGUUGCUUUUCUGGUUUAUGACAUCAGAUCUACAAGAAAUGAGCUGAACAGGACGGAUGAGACUAGUCAUCACCAUCCGACCCGUGGAGUAAAUGCAGACCAACAUCAGUUGAGCAGAAGAAACAGUUCCAGAUAUGUUUGCUGAAGGUUGUUUGUAUAAUUCCAAAACUACCCAGAUACAUUUUCAUUCAUAAAAAAUGUAUCUUCAUGCAUGUGAAUAGAAGGAUAUUUUAACUGAUCUUUUAAAUGAAAGAAACAGUUCACCCAGAAAUGAAAAUUCCACCAGUGGAUCCUUUACAGUGAAUGGGUGCCGUCAGAAUGAGAGUCAAAAAAGCUGAUAAAAACAUCACAAAAAUCCAAAUCACUCCAGUCCAUCAAUUGGCAUUGUGUGAAGCCAGAAGCUGCAUGUUUGUAAGAAACAAAUCCACCAUUUAAACAUUUUGACUUAAAACUAUUGCCAGUCCUCUAUCCGUAAUGUUAUUUUAUCCAGUGAAAUUAUU